ACAACCAACCUGGGAAAAUGGAGUACUGUGAACUAAUGGUCUUGGUCCUAGCUUUACUGCUAUGGGUUGCGUGGGCCAUGGUGACCGAACGUCAACAACGCCGCCUAGAGGAGCUAGGGCGGCUGCCACCAGGGCCAAGGUGGUGGCCGGUGGUGGGCAACAUCUUCCAAUUGGGUUGGUCCCCCCACGAGUCAUUUGCCAAAUUAGCUCACAAGCAUGGUCCUAUCAUGACCCUGUGGCUAGGCUCAAUGUCCACCGUAGUAAUCUCCUCCAAUGAAGUGGCUCGAGAUAUGUUCAAGAACCACGACGUAGUCCUCGCGGGGAGGAAGAUCUACGAGGCCAUGAAAGGCGAUUAUGGCAACGAAGGGUCCCUCAUCACAGCUCAAUAUGGUCCACAUUGGCGCAUGUUGAGGCGGUUGUGCACCACGGAGUUCUUUGUCACUAGCAGCCUUGAUGCCAUGAGAGAUGUCCGCGGGAGGUGCAUUGAUCGCAUGGUGCAGUUCAUAGAAGAGGCCGGUGGUGCCGGGACGAAUGGGAUCGACGUUGGGAGGUUCUUUUUCUUGAUGGGUUUCAAUCUGAUUGGCAAUCUCAUGUUUUCGAAAGAUCUUUUGGAUCCGAAAUCGGAGAGAGGGGCUAAGUUCUUCCACCAUGCAGGGAAGGUGAUGGAGUUGGCUGGGAAGCCUAAUGUGGCAGAUUUUAUGCCAUUUUUAAGAUGGUUGGAUCCACAAGGGAUAAGAAAGAAGACACAGUUUCAUGUUGAAAGAGCGUUUGAAAUUGCUGGAGGGUUCAUCAAAGAAAGGACGGAAAUUAGUGGUGAUGAGAAUGGUUGUGGGAAAGAGAAGAGAAAGGACUACUUGGAUGUGCUUUUGGGAUAUCGUGGUGAUGGGGUUGAGGGGCCUCCUAGGUUUUCUUGGAGAACCAUCAAUGUUAUUGUCUUUGAGAUGUUCACUGCAGGGACGGACACGACUACGAGCACCUUAGAGUGGGCAAUGGCUGAGCUCCUUAAAAACCCUAAAACACUACACAAAGCCCAGGCCGAGCUGAGGAGUGUCGUCGGUCCUGACAAGAAGCUCGAAGAGAAGGACAUUGAAAACCUACCAUACCUCCAAGCAGUGAUCAAGGAGACUCUAAGACUUCACCCACCUCUCCCUUUCUUGGUCCCACACAUGGCCAUGGACUCCUGCAACAUGAUGGGCUACUACAUCCCCAAAGAAACACAAGUUCUCGUGAAUGUAUGGGCGAUCGGACGCGACCCCAAGACGUGGAAGGAGCCAUUAGAGUUCAAGCCAGAAAGGUUCCUGGGACCAAACAUGGUGGACUACAAGGGACACCAUUUUGAGUUCAUACCUUUUGGAUCAGGCAGGAGAAUGUGCCCGGCCGUCCCGCUCGCCUCCCGUGUGCUUCCAUUGGCUUUAGGGUCACUCCUGCACAAGUUUGAUUGGGUGUUGGCUGAUGGGAUUAAACCAGCAGAUAUUGACAUGAAGGAAAGGAUGGGGAUAACUCUUAGGAAAGCUGUUCCAUUGAAGGCCAUACCAAUACCAUACAAAGGGUACCAAACUCGGUUCUCAGAAUAAAGCUUGAAGUUAAGUUUGUACAUGUGUGUUCUUGCAUUACUGUAUUUUGUAAAACUAUUCAUUUUGAUUUAUGUAAGUUCAAGCGCCAAUCUUAAAUGUUUCCAAAUUAAAGGAUAGUUAUGCCCCUAGGGGCUUGGUGUUGGUGGUAAGGUAAGGUGCUGGCUUUAAUAUGUCUUAGUUUCGAACUCUAACAUUCCCAUUAUAACUUCUGAUUUAAUCGGUGCUAUUGUUAUGGGACCGGUUGUAACACCCUCGAUUUGUAAUUUGAGAGUUCUGAGUUAUGAAAUAAAUUUAAAA